AUGUAUGUUGAUCCCAUGAACAACAAUGAAAUCAGGAAACUAAGUAUUGCCGCCAAAACAGAGGCUACUCCAGAUGACGUUGGGCAAGGCACUCCCAUAAACGAACAUUCGGUGCAUGGGGAAUGUACGGCCAUUGCGAUAAAUGGGCAAAGCAACGAAAGAAUGAAAGAAAAAGUAUCCUCGAGCAGUUGUCUACCUAAGAAACCUAUGUUGCAGUAUAGAGAUACUUCCGGAAAAUAUUCCUUGGGCGACUUUCAGAUUUUGAGAACUUUGGGUACUGGCUCAUUUGGGAGAGUUCACCUAAUCCGUUCCAAUCACAACGGAAGAUUUUACGCUUUAAAGACAUUGAAAAAACAUACUGUAGUGAAAUUGAAGCAGGUGGAACACACCAACGACGAACGCCGGAUGCUGUCAAUUGUAUCGCAUCCAUUCAUCAUUAGAAUGUGGGGGACAUUCCAAGAUUCCCAGCAGGUUUUCAUGGUGAUGGAUUAUAUUGAAGGUGGAGAAUUAUUUUCCUUAUUACGUAAGUCUCAGAGGUUUCCCAACCCGGUAGCCAAAUUUUAUGCCGCAGAGGUCUGCUUAGCUUUGGAAUAUUUGCAUAGUAAGGAUAUAAUAUAUAGAGAUCUGAAACCCGAAAAUAUCCUUCUAGAUAAGAACGGUCACAUCAAGAUAACCGAUUUUGGGUUUGCAAAAUACGUUCCCGAUGUCACAUACACAUUAUGUGGCACUCCAGAUUACAUAGCGCCUGAAGUGGUUAGUACCAAGCCGUAUAAUAAGUCAGUGGAUUGGUGGAGUUUUGGUGUGUUGAUUUACGAAAUGCUAGCCGGAUACACGCCAUUUUAUAACUCCAACACCAUGAAGACUUAUGAAAAUAUACUGAAUGCGGAAUUGAAAUUCCCGCCAUUUUUUCACCCAGAUGCGCAGGAUUUAUUGAAGAAGCUGAUUACCAGAGACUUGAGUGAGAGGUUGGGUAAUUUACAAAAUGGAAGUGAGGACGUCAAGAACCACCCAUGGUUCAACGAGGUCAUAUGGGAGAAACUAUUGGCCAGGUACAUAGAAACGCCGUAUGAACCACCAAUUCAACAGGGCCAAGGUGACACUUCUCAAUUCGACAGAUAUCCUGAAGAAGAAUUCAAUUACGGGAUCCAAGGAGAAGACCCAUAUAUCGAACUGUUGGAAGAGUUUUAA